UAUAAGCAUAGCUUAUUUACUAUCCAUGUUUAUUAUUCGGCACGUUUACCAAUCGAUAGCCGGGCAUUUGCGGUAUGAUCUCUAUUAUCAGACCAUAAACAGAUGCUGAGCCCUUGGAAAACACCAAAUCUGGGCGAUAACAUUAAUUCUGAUAGGGGCGAUGACGACAAGUGAACGUGGAGCCAAAGUGGUGCUGGUGGACAUCGAGGGUACCACCACCUCGAUCAGCUUCGUUCACGAUGUCCUAUUUCCGUACGCUAAGGAGAAUGUGGAGAAGUUUCUAAGAGAAUCCUGGGAAAGAGAUGAUACCAAGCAAAUUGUCCAGGAUUUGCAACAGGUGCACCAGUUUACGGAUUACAAGGACACAUUGAACACUACUCCUGCGAACGUGGAUGUGGGACUCAUUAGCGGCUUUGUGCGCUACCUAAUCGACCAAGAUCUUAAGGUCACUCCGAUGAAAACGCUCCAGGGACUAAUUUGGGCACAGGGUUAUGCCAAUGGAGAGCUUAAGGGCCAUGUCUAUGAAGAUGUCCCCGCAGCCUUUCAGGCCUGGUGUGCUGCUGGUCUCCGGAUUGCCGUCUACUCCAGCGGCAGCGUGGCUGCCCAGAAGCUGAUCUUUGGGAAUAGUAUUGCUGGGAACCUGCAACCCUACCUCAGUGAUUAUUUUGACACCCAUGUGGGCCACAAACAGGAAAAACAAUCGUACGAAAAUAUAGCCAACAUAUUAACUGAGAAACCGGAGCAAAUAGUCUUUCUCACGGAUAUUCCAGGAGAAGCAGCAGCGGCUCGCUCUGCUGGAUUGCAAGCCAUUAUCCUUCAGCGUCCUGGAAACGCCGCCUUGACAGAUGAUCAAAAGUGCAGCUUCGAUCUGAUUACGGACUUCAAACCACUUCAAAGCCUUAAACUUCCGGAAAAUAAACACGUGGCAUAGGUCAAUCCAAAAAUGUA